UUCUGUUGGUCUUGAAUAUGAAAACAUAUUAGAAGAGAAAUUGGCUGAGUGGAAAAUCCCAUUUCUUGGUAAGAAACACAGACCUAUUAGUUUAAGUUUAUGAUGGCGAAAAAAGAAUACAAAAAACAGUCUUUUGAAGGAAAUAGAAAUACCUGAAAAAUACAACGAAUUGGGAAAAUGCUGUCGAAGUGCCUUUCCUCGAAAUGUCGAAGUUUUUUUUGUAUUUUCAGGUUGUUUUUAAAGGCCCGUUUACACUUGCAAUUUCUGUGCGAUGUUCUUCUUUUGAUGGAUGUGAACGAGUGGAUGAGUUAUGAAUGUUGAGAUGAGGGAACAUCAGUGAGACAUUUACUCGGAACAUUCACAACUUGAAAAAUAUGCCUGACUACGGUGGGAAUCGAACCUACGAUUCCAGAGGUCGUAGGUUCGAUUCCCAACGUGGCCAGGCAAAUUUUUCAAGCCUGCCCGGUGUGGAUAUACACUCAGAGUAACAUCACACAAGCAUCUUAUUCACCUGAGUACAUUACACCAACACAGCAAAUUUAAAAAUUCACAACUUAUUUACUCGUUUGCAUCCAUCAGAAGACGAAAAUUGCAGCAAAAAGUGUAAACGGGCCUGUACUACAGGUUGUUUGUUUUCAUCGCUAUUACACUGACACUAGCCAUGCACAACUGUGGCACAGGCUACACUGGUACCGACCAUUAGAAAAACAAUACACUCACGCCUGUAUUCUCAAAGCUCACUCAAAGAGUGGAGGUUCAAUUUGAGCUUUCCCUGAGUGUCAAUGCUGUUUUUCAAUACCUGGAGGAUGAGUAGUCGCAUUGUAAAGUACGACACUAUCCAGCUAUUCAAAAACAGCACUGACACUCAAGGGAAGCUCAGAUUGAACCUCCACUCUUUGAGUGUGAGCGUGAGUGAGCUUUUAGAAUACAGGUGUCAGACUCAGAGACUCUUAUUUUUUUCCUUCGUUAGGGGAGAAUGACAUGAGAAGUCAAGGUUAUGAUAAAACGCCUGAUUUCAAAUUACAAGUUCCUAUAGGUAAAAAUAAAAAUGAGUACAUAUUACAGUGCGUAGUUCAAACGUAUCCUAGAAUGAUCUGUUUUUCUCUUUAAUCAUUUUUUAAAUUUUUAGCUGUGGAUGGUCGUGUAGUUAAUUGGAUUGAAUCCAAAGCAUCAUUUGGUGACGAGUCCAGUCACAAGACUUAUUUGAAAGAUCAGUUUUGGAGCUACUGGAAUAGGUGCAUAAUGUUAUUAUUACAUUCUUAAAAUAACAAAGAAAGCCAACAAUAUAUAUUAUCGUCCAUGAAUUAACUGAUCUUGUUGAAUCCUCUUAUAUACUGUACAACUACUCCCUCUGUUGCAGUCCGUCACUGACAUAAUUUUAUACAUUUUUUGUUCGGAAAAUGCACCAAGCUGUGUCCCUUUAUUGUCAACAACAAUAAUGUAAUAACCUUGAACCUGAACUUAAAAACACUGAAUCUCUAGCAGUAUACAUAUACAUAGCCUCUUUUUUCCAAUCUUUCUUUCUGUAGUUUUCUUCAACUUUAUCUCUUUCUUUAUCCACUGAUUCAUUAUGUUUACUUUUCUUUACUCUUUCGCUUUACUUCCUGUUUUUCCUCAAAUGUCACUUGCUAUAGCCUACACUAUAUAUUAAUUCCUGUAAAUUGUAUUAUAUAUAUAUGUAUUGCAAAUAAUGUACGUUUUACGUAAGGUGCUGAUGUAAUUUAUAAUUGCAGGACCCCACUGAACAACUAAGAACACUAUACGAUACCCUGUUUAAAUAUUAAUUAAGAUGAUAAUAAUAUCCUGCUCGAUUUAAGCUCUAAGCUUAUUUAUAGUCACCUUUCCGAACCCAUUCCUCACGGUUUUGUGAAACCUUAUCUGUAAAUUUUGUCCACGUUUAUAGAUUCGGUCCUGGUAUGGUAAUUUAUUGGUUUGGUUUUAUUGAUGAACUUGACUGUAAUCGUGAUAAGGGAAUUAUUCUUUCCGAUCAGUUUCCUUCCAAUUUGAUUACAUUAACAAGUCUGCUUUGGAAAGACGACUGACAAACAUCGACAUACAGUAGUUUCUGUGUAUAGGUAUGUGGUCAUUCAUCGACAU